AAGAACAAUAACAUAGUUAUAAUAAUAAUAAUUAAUAAAUAACRAAACCCGACUGCUUUAAUAAUAAUAAAUACUUCUAACUUGCAUCAAUAUUUACUGUUCGUGUCAUCUUAUUUUUGGUUUCGUCUGUCUCUCUGUCAGUAUCUUUUGGUGCGGUAGACCGUUCUCGCCGAAAACUCGGCGAUCGACACGAUCUACAUAUUAUAUUAUUUAUCACGCUAGAUCUCAGGCGUAUACCGUCACAAAUGUCAUGGCUGUAUUCGACGACAUACAGCAGUACGAUGAAGAGAUUGCAUGCACGUCUAUGGAUGAAGCAUACCUAAUGCAUGUUCAAGACCCGGUGAUAAUCAGAGGAAUUGGGAAUCUUACUGUUUUUGGACUGAGUAGCAGAUUCCAAUCAGAAUUUCCAAGUGCGCUUGUAUCACGUGUGGCUCCUGAAGAAUUUGAAGAAACAAUGGCACGAAUCAAUUCUGUUUUAAAGAAAAGUUUACCAAUGAAUGCUAAAUGGUUGUUUUGUGGAUGUAUGUGUUGCUGCUGUACUCUUGGUUGUUCACUUUGGCCUGUUAUUUGCCUUAGCAAACGGACUCAGCAUAGUUUGAACAAAUUACUCGAUUGGGAAAAUAAUCAUCUUUAUAAUAAAAUUGGUUUGCAUUGGAGAUUAAACAAACAAAAAGUAGAUACUUCUUCUAUAACGGAAUAUGUACUUUUGGUGGAGUUUAUUCCAAAAAUACCAAUUUAUAAACCAGAUUAGGUAAAAUUGUACAUUAAGAUUUACAUUUUUUUAUUUCUAUCAGUGUAAAAAUAGGAUAUUGGUUAGUUAUUAAUUUGCAUGGCACAAUAAAAUUAAACCAAUAAUCUUUUUACCAGGUAAUAUAUAGAAUUUGUAAUGUACUCUUAUCAAUUUUAAUUUUUGGAGUUAUUUAUCAGUCAUCCAAACUUGCUCAAUAUCGUAAAAUAAAAUGGAUUUAUGACUAUGUGAAACUAAAUUAGUUGUAUAUAUAUUUCAUUAAUUUUUAAAUGUAUGAUUCGAUAAUUCUUUCAACAAAGUUGAAUGAAAUAAAGAUAUAAGUUUAUGUCUUUAUACCUUUAAUACUUAAUUUAAAAAUUAUGAUUUAAUGUGAUAUCGAUUUGUGUGAUACCUGAUUGGUACUUAAUAUCGAGAGUUAUAUGUUUAUCUCGUUGCUAAAAAAAUCUGACCUGUUUAUUUAUUUUUAAAGUGAUUUUAUAACUUUUAGACUUUAAAAAUAUAAUUUUAAGUCAAUUACCUAC